AUGGCUGCAAGUAUUUUCACGAACGAGAAGAAGAAGAAGAAGAAGAAGAAGGGGGAGAAAGGGGAUGAAGAAAAGACAUUCAAGACAGACGAGGAAGAACAAAGGCACAUGAAAUGCUGGAUCAGCACCGUCUCGCCUCUCCAACCAGACACAUCGACAACUCCAUCCCCAUCCGCGACAUCUGCACCACCGCCAACCAGGAGAACAGCCAACCUCGCGCCCUUCAGCCAAUUCAACAACCUCACCUUCGACCCGCCCUUCGUCAUGUUCUCCGCGAACCAGACUCCGUCUCUCCAACAAAAGGACACGGUGCGCAACGUCGAGGCCACGGGCGUCUUUUGCUGGCAGCUCGCCACCUGGGACCUGCGCGAGGCCGUCAACAUCACCGCCGAACAGGUGCCCUACGGAGUCGACGAGUUUGAGCGCGCGUCCCUGGACAAGGAGUGGUCCACCACCCUGAAAAUUCCCGUGCCAAUGGUCAAGGCCUCCCCCGUCAGGUUCGAGUGCGAGUAUCACUCCACUCUGCGCUUGCCCGGGAACCCGCCCAUGGGCACGGUCGACGUGGUCAUUGGUAAAGUCGUGGGAAUCCAUAUCGAUGACCGUGUCUUGACCAAGGAUGGCAAAAUCGAUGUGGCCAAAACGCAACCCAUUGCAAGGUGCGGCUAUUAUGAUUAUGCUGUCGUUCGGGAGACAUUCGAGAUGAUUAUCCCCGGCACCACCGAAGCCAUUCGCUACGGCAUGGAGGGCAAUGUGAGGAAGCACAAGGCUGCCAGAGAGGCGGCCAAGGAAAAUGGGGUUAGUGAGUCAGGACCACCGUGA